UGUGGGGGAGCAAUCACACAGUGGAGCAAAAUGUGUGUCUUCACUCAGGAUUGUGCUUCUGGGGAAGAGUGAUGACAAGAAGAAUGUAGUGGGUAACAUGAUCCUAAAGAAACUGGCUUUUAAGUCUAAACAGCAAUGUGAGUCAGCCAGGGGGAAGGUGAAGGGCAAGUCUGUAACUGUAGUAAAGACUCCAGACUUAUUUUCAUUGACUGUGGAGUCCCUGAUGCAGGAGAUGGAGAAAUGUAAGACCCUCUCUGCCCCUGGGCCUCAUGGGAUCCUGCUGGUGUUGAAGCCUGAGGAGUUCACAGAGGAGAACAGAAACACAUUGAAGUUCAUCCUGAGCACAUUUGGUAAAGAGGCCUUCAAGCACUCAAUGGUGAUCAUUACUCACAAGGAAGUUGCAGGAAAUCCUCAUCUGAGACAAAUGAUCAUAGAAUGUGGAGGAAGGAAUCACAAAAUGAUCAAACAAGGAAGUGACCACAAAGGGUUAACUGAAAAGAUAGAAAAGAUGGUAGUGGAGAAUGAAUGGAGAUACCUCACCUCCAAUGAAGAGACGACACAUGAUACCAUGACACCAAAGGCUCAGAGACUGAACGUGGUGCUGUGUGGCAGAAGAGGAGCUGGGAAGACUUCUACAGCCAAUGCCAUACUGGGUCAGACAGAGUCCAGUCCAAAGUCCAGCUCUUCCUCAGUGUGUGUGAAGAGAGAAGGAGAGGUGUGUGGUCGGCUGGUCACCCUCAUCGACCUGCCCGCUCUGUAUAGAACACAUCUCACUAAGGAGGAAGUGAUGCGUGAGACUUUCCGCUCUGUCUUUCUCUGUGACUCUGGAGUCCAUGCUUUCCUCCUGGUCGUACCUUUUGGUCCACUCACUGAUGAAGACAAAGGAGAGUUAGAGACCAUCCAGAAGGUUUUCAGCUCACGAGUCAAUGACUUUGUCAUGGUCCUGUUUAGACAGGAUUGCAUUCCAGUUGAUAAAACUUCAGUUGACUUUGUGGAACAAAAUGCAGACACAAAGCAACUGAUCAAGAUAUGCGGAGGGCGGUAUAAAAUCUUUGACGCUUUGAAGAUUGAGAACUCCAAGAAGACGCUUGUAGCAGAAAUAGUCGAAAUGAUGGAUCAAAACAAGACAUGCUACACUCUAUACAUGUAUAUGGAGGCAAAGGAGGCUAAGCAUCAAUCAGAACUGGACGAAAAGAACAGAAGAAUCAAGGAUUUAGAGCAGAAAAUCAGCAACAUGUCAAAAGGUGCUGAAAUGGAGUGCUCCAGCACAGAGUGCGUGAGGGUGGUGCUGAUUGGGAAAACUGGAAAUGGGAAGAGCGCCUCCGCAAACACUAUCCUGGGCAGAGAUGCAUUUGAGUCUGAAUCCAGCACUGACUCUGUGACAACGGUUUGCAAGAAGGCAGUCGGAAAAGUUGAUGGAAGAACAGUUGCUGUGGUGGACACCCCUGGCCUUUUUGACACAACAUUGUCUAAUAAAGAUGUUCAGCAAGAGAUAGUGAAAUGUGUUUCCCUGUCAGCUCCUGGACCCCAUGUGUUUAUCAUAGUGUUAAGAAUCGGGACAAUGACACAAGAGGAGCUGGACACUUUGGACAUCAUAGAGACAACCUUUGGUCCACAGGCAGGAAUGUUUUGCUUAGUUCUGUUUACUAGAGGAGAUGAUUUGAGAAAGCAAUCAAUUCAAGAUUACAUUAGGAAAAGCACGAAUGCCAAACUGAAAAAACUGAUCAGAGAUUGUGGAGACAGACUCCAUGUCUUCAACAACAGAGUUGAAGAUGACCGCACACAGGUCACUGAGCUUCUUAAGAAGAUUAACAAAAUGGUGUCCACGAACAAGGGCAGUUUCUACACCAAUGAGAUGUUCCAGGAGGCAGAGGCAGCUAUUAAACAGAAACAGGAAGAAAUACUGAAGGAGAGAGAGCUGGAGAUUAAGGCUGACAUGGAGAAACUGAAGGUCAGCCAUGAAACAGCCAUGGAAAAGAUGAAGUCAAAGUUGGAAGAAGAGAGAUUGAAAGUUCAGGAGGAAAGAAAGCAGAGAGAAAACAUGUUGAGAGAGAGAGAGGAAGCUAUUAGAAAAGAGCAUGAAGAAAAGGAGAAAGCAGAGAAGGAAGAAAGAAAGUUGAAGGACAAGAAUAAGAAAGAAGAUGAAAAGUUGAAAAAAGAAACAUGGGCCACAGAAAAAGAGAAGAUGGAAAAAGAGAUACAAUCUCAGGAAAAAGAGUUGGAAAAACAACGAAGAGAAAAGGAAGAAGAAUAUAAAAUGAGAAUGGAACAACAGAGAAAAGAAGAGAAAGACAGAGAAGAAUUGGUUAAAAAUCAAGAAAGGCAGUUUGCUGAACUGAAAAGGAAACAGGAUGAAGAAAUGGAAAAGAGAGAGAAAGAAGAGGAUGAGAGGAGGAAACAUGAAGAGAAAGAAAGACAAGAGUGGCAAAGCAAAAUAAAGGAAGCAGAGAAAGGUCAAACAGAACUCCAAGAGGUCAUGCGUAGAGAAAAAGAGGAAUGGGAGGAACAGUUGAAGAAAGAAAGAGAUAGACAACAGGAAGAAGACAGGCUGAGGAGACAGAAGGAGGUAGAAACUCUUGGAGAACAAGAGAAAAAACAGAGGAGAUUGAGAGAGGAGUUUGAAAGAGAGAGGGAACAAGAGAGAAUAAAGAUGAAUGAAUCAGAAAAGAAGAGGAGAGAAAUAGAGUGGAAAGAAAGACACCAAAUAGAAAAAGACUUUGAAGAAAAGAGGAGAGAAUUGACAAACAAAAUGAAAAUGCAGCAAGAUCAGUGGGAGAGAGAACGUAGUGAGGAACAGGAAAGAAGAUUUAAAGAGGAUGUAAAUCGAAGAGAGGAGGAGAGACUAAGACUAAGAAAACUGGAGGAAAAAUUUCAAGAAGAACGUGAAGAAGAGAACAUGAGGAAAGAGAAGGAAGAUAAAGUCAGGAGACAACAAGAAGAGAAGAAAAUGAAGGAAAUGGGGUCAGAGCAUGAAAGGAAAACAAAAGAAAUGAUGGAUAAAUAUGAACAAGAGGCCAGAAAACAUGCAGAGGAAAAGAAUAACUUUAAAGAGAAAUAUGGAAAUGACAUCCAACAAUUAUUGGAUCAAUAUGAAGAAGAGAAGAAGAAACUAACACAAAAACACAAAGAGGAGUAUUAUCGUUUAAAUGCUCAAUAUGGUCAUGAUGAAACAACACUGACUGAUAAAAUCAAGAAAUUGGAGAAAAAGCAGAAAGUAGAGAAGGAAGAGUUGUUAAAUCCAUACAAAUCAUGUGAAAUACUGUGA